GCGACCCGGUCCGCCUGAUUGAAAGUUACAGCAUCGCCGACAACAUGAUUCCUCGAUAACACUACUGGAUCAGAGUUCAAAACAUCCCUCGACAAGAUGUCGCAGUCGCACGAUCUGCAUCGCGCGCUUCUGCGGCCGGUCAUCCUUCACACUCUGCGCGCCGCUGGCUUCCACAGCACGAAGCCAUCGGUGCUCGAUACCUUAACGAAUCUCGCCGAAAGACAUCUCGUACUGCUAGCCUCCACGACUGCGCAACAUGCACUAUCGAGCCACAACGACCCGGUUCCGACGCUCACAGACGUGCGGAUGGCCCUCUCAGACUGCGGAGUACUAGUUCCCCUCGAUGGAGCUGCAGAAGAGGCAUGGAAAGAGCGCAUGCGCGUACCUCUAGCAGAAAUGGCGCAAAUACCCAAAGGAGGCGAGAAACGCGUUGCGGCGGAGAAGAGGAAGCGUGAGGAGGAAGACACGAGAGAUGUUAAGGAAUUCGCCAAGUGGUACGAUUCAAGUCAGUACAGAGAGAUUAAGCGGGUGGCAGGACUGGAGAAAGACCUCAGCGUUCCUGGUGCUGCGCCGUUGAUUGGAGUUGGCGGGAGCGUGGUCAAGGAGGAUGACUUCUUCACUGCGCUCAAGAAGAAGCACAGCAAAUCGGGCGAUGACAGCAGGCUACAAGGGACAGUGCUUGGGAGGACAGCAGAUGAAAAGGAAAUUGUGAUAGAGGGCGGUCCUUAUCAGCACAUUCGGGACUGGAGACCGAGGAUGGAGAAGAGCGGACAAGUUCAAGGAGUCCAAUGAGAUUCACACAUUGCCAUGCGCUUAACACUCCCGUGCACCAGUGGUCUGCUCUGCGGUACACAGCUGUGUCGCAAAGGCGCAAAGAGGAGCAUUUCUCAGAGCUAGCAUGCGACUCACAAGGACUUCGAGCGAUAGGGCAGGCACACCGACUUCAAAUGCCACUUCUGCAGCAAGCACUCCUCUCCGGAUACCAGUCACGAUAGACGGUAACCCCAGCAACCAUUGAUGCGAAUCCAAGGCCCCUGGGAUUCACCUUCAGCGGGUGUGCAUGGAGACUUCGUUCGCCCACCGCAGUUUCCAAACUCCGCAUGCAGCUCAGUGCCAGCAUCAAGACAAGAUGCGAUCGAUACUGAGUCUUGGAAAUGCACAAGAUCCGGCUCCAUUGGCAAGAGCAUCUUCCAACCUCAUCGAAUCCUUCCCGUCCGCCACGACUGCCGA